GAUCUGCAGCGGCGGCGGCGGCCGAGGCAGCUGAGGCCGAGGCUGUGAUGGCGGCGACCGCAGCGGCUCGGCUUCAGGCGGGGACGCGGCAGGCCCCAGCGCUCUGGCAGAUGCGGUGGCUACUGCUGGUGCUGGUGGCGGUGGCGGAGGCGGAGCAGCAGGUGCCCCUGGUGCUGUGGUCGAGUGACCGGGACUUGUGGGGUCCUGCGGCCAACACCCACGAGGGCCACAUCACCAGCGACAUGCAGCUCUCCACCUACUUAGACCCCGCCCUGGAGCUGGGCCCCCGGAAUGUGCUGCUGUUCCUCCAGGACAAGCUGAGCAUUGAGGACUUCACAGCAUAUGGUGGCGUGUUUGGAAACAAGCAGGAUAGUGCCUUUUCGAACCUGGAGAAUGCCCUGGAUCUGGCUCCUUCCUCUCUGGUGCUUCCUGCCGUCGAUUGGUAUGCGGUCAGCACUCUGACCACUUACCUGCAGGAGAAGCUUGGGGCCAGCCCCCUGCACGUGGACUUGGCCACCCUGCGGGAGCUGAGACUCAAUGCCAGCCUCCCAGCCUUGCUGCUCAUCCGCCUGCCGUACACAGCCAGCUCAGGUCUGAUGGCGCCGAGGGAAGUCCUCACGGGCAAUGAUGAGGUCAUCGGGCAGGUGCUGAGCACACUCAAAUCCGAAGACGUCCCGUACACCGCGGCCCUCACGGCGGUCCGCCCUUCCCGGGUGGCCCGUGAUGUAGCCAUGGUGACUGGGGGGCUAGGUCGCCAGCUGCUGCAAAAACAGACAGUGUCAGCUGUGGUCCAUCCCCCUGUGAGUUACAAUGACACUGCCCCCCGGAUCCUGUUCUGGGCCCAAAACUUCUCGGUGGCAUACGGGAACCACUGGGAGGACCUGACCUCCCUCACCUUUGGGGUCCAGGAUCUUAACCUCACUGGCUCCUUCUGGAAUGACUCUGUUGCCAGGCUUUCGCUGACCUACGAACAACUCUUUGGUACCACCGUGACAUUCAGGUUCAUUCUGGCCAACCGCUUCUACCCGGUGUCUGCCCGCCACUGGUUUACCAUGGAGCGCCUUGAAAUCCACAGCAACGGCUCUGUCACCUACUUCAAUGCCUCCCAGGUCACAGGGCCUAGCAUCUACUCCUUUCAUUGCGAGUACGUCAGCUGUCUGGGCAAGAACGGCGACCUCCUCGUGCCCCGUGUGCGGCCCUCUCUCUGGCAGAUGACCCUUCAGCACUUCCAGAUCCAAGCCUUCAACGUGACAGGCGAGCAGUUCUCCUACGCCAGUGACUGCGCCGGCUUCUUCUCCCCGGGCAUCUGGAUGGGGCUGCUCACUUCCCUGUUCAUGCUGUUCAUCUUUACCUAUGGCUUACACAUGAUCCUCAGCCUCAAGACCAUGGACCGCUUUGACGACCACAAGGGCCCCACCAUCUCUUUGACCCAGAUCGUGUGACCCCAUGACUGAAGGGCUUCCCCUCUUCCUACCAUAGCAUGAACCCCCCACUUCCCCUCGGCCUGUCUUGUUACCCGUUCAACACGCGGAGGGGCUCUCCAUCCUCCAUCUACCAGCAAGGUGUACAUAGUUCUUCGUAGAUAGGAGACAGAUCUCCCAGGUCCAGUCAUUGUAGGGGGAGAGGACAUGAGUUCUGGGACCCCCUCUUCCCCCUUAUUUAUUCUCAUCUCUCCACCUUCCCCCUUUGCUGUUUAUAGUGCUUUUGUGUAUCAAAUGCUCCCUCCCCAGACUUUACGGGGCUCCCUGCAGCAGCUAGAAGCUGAAGGUUCCCUGAGUUUGGGGCGGUGUGGAAGUACUAUUUAAUUGUCCUGCUUGGCUGGUGUCAUUGUCUUUUGGUGAUGUUGUGCUAAUAAUAAGCAGUACACUGGGGUUUAUUUCUGUGGCCUGAGAAGGAAGAGACCUCCACAGCAGCUGGGUUGGGUGUAAUCAUUGGUUUUCUGGCAUGUACCCGCCAGGAGUGCCUGGCAGGAGCCUGGGGUUCUGGGUGGUUUCCUUCCUAAUAAAAUAAAGACAGGUUGCCAUGCUUA